GAUAAUACAAUUUUAAUUACAAAUUGUUACUUUUUUUCAGUGUAAACCUUCGACGUAAUAAUAUAAUAUAAAAUACAUAAUAUCUAAUAAUAUUAUGUCUACAUCGCAUUUUCGUCACAUUCGCACGCAUCGCUCUCUCUCUCAACUCUCCUCACCGACUCACUCGCCGACCGAACAAAGAGCAGCGGAAAAUGGAUAAUAAUCGAGAUGACAGGACGUACCUGUAGUAUAAUGUUUAUUAUUAUUAUUUAAUUAUUACUGUACACCGCGACGCUGCCAAAGUCGUAUCGCACGCACUCUGAUGUUCCGAAGUUGUGGUCAGUGAUCACUCGCGUCGACGUAUGUGGUCACUAACUUCCUCGCUGUAUACGCAUUAAUCGCACCACCGCCAAGAACGCCUCAUCGCUGCUCUGACACUGACACCGUCUUCCGCCCACCUCCCAAUAACCAGACAAGCAAAAACGACGACGAGUCAUCAGCAAAGCAAUACGUCUGGUGCAGCAAUGGACGACAAUAAGGUCGAGGUGCUCUUUGAGAACGGCACGAGGGCUUUGUUACAAUUGUAAUGGAAAAUGAAGUUCUAGUUUCUUUCUCGAAUGAUUGGUUUCCUGAAACUAAAUUCAACUAUGACAAUGUUCGACUCCCCUUAUCAGAUGACCAAUGUAGUACAGAGUUUAUUAAUAAUGCUAAAAUUGAUGGUAUCCAUAAAAAUCUACAGACAGUAAUUGGCGCCUCCUUGGUGUUAUUUACACCUGAUCAAUCAGUAUGGAGUGUUAUAUCUCGUUCACCAUUGACUGUUAAAAAAAACAUUGAUGUUAGCCUACACUUUAGAAACCGAAACCAAAAUGUUAUGGUGCGUAUAAAGAGUGGAAAAUUAGCCAAACAACAAAAAAUUCCAUGCUACAGUUUACAUCAUCAUCUUAUACUAAUGAAUUUAAUGUAUGUGAUGACCUUAUGGCUUUGGCUAUUGGUGCUCAUGGCACUAAUAUCAAACGAGCUCGCAGGAUUGAGGAAUAUAGACGCUGUAAUGAAAGCUCGAGAAGUUGCAGAGUAUACAAAAGAAUUUCUUCAAGUUCCAAGAAAUUUCAUGGGAAAAGAUUUUGGUAUAAAUAGUAGUAACAUCAAAGAUAUCAUUGAGAAAAGCGGAGUAAAUGAACUGAAAAUUUUACGUGAUGAUGAGACACAACCUGCAAUUCCUCGUGAAGAUGGUCAAUUUCCUUUUGUGUUGGUAAGAAACUUGAACAAAUUAGGAAAUGAAUAAUUGGAAAGAAGCAAAAGUUACGUAGAAAUCCACCAUUCCCAAUAUUUCAACUCAAAAGUAAGAGAAAGAGUCUCUCCUGAUAAAAUCAAAUGCAGUAACAAUAAUGGCGAUAUAUUUUAUAAGUUCGAUAAUCCAGUACCUGAAGAUGUUAGAGAAUUACCUUUAAUAAUUUUCAAAAAUAAUAUCUAUACUCCGUGCGCCGAGAGAGCGCAAAUUUCCAAAUGGAAAUGGAGAUACAAAGGCAAUACAACCGUAACCUUAAUGCUGACAGCGAAAACAUGAAUAAUAGCCAAAGUAACUCUAUGGGAAGAAAAAGUAGCAGAUGCAUACCGUAUACAUUUACCUCAGAUUGGGGCCAAGACAAGAGUGAAUGAACAUUUCUUGAAGAAAAAAAAACUUUUUUUUGUUUUGAACAGAUUGUUAAUACAAUGUUUUAAUUUGUAUACAACUUAAAUUUAAUUUUAAUUCAAAAAUAUGUAAUAUACUAAUAUGCUAUGUACUGUUGUCUAUCAACUGUAUGUAACUUAUGCGUUGGACAUAUUAAAAAAAAAAAUACAAAGUAUAUUCUAUUCAAUAAUGUAAA